CUCUUUAGAGCUCGCUCCGACGACGGGCUGACAGCUUUAAAACUUCUUACGGCUCUAAAACUCCUUGGCAACGCCGUCACACGCUGGUGAUUGCUGGGAAUGAUUAGGAAACAGUGAAUCUAUCGACCCAUAGAAUGUUUCAAAGCUUCUCUCUAAGAGCGUAGCUGCCUGUGUAACAGCUGUUUCCAGAGAAGAAUUAGGUAUCUUUCCCGCGUCUUCUACACAUAACUAAGUGACCGCGGGCGCAUGUUUAUUCAUUUCACCGAGGGAGUAUGGCACUAGUUGUAAUCCAACAUGGCCGACUGGUAGCCAUCGGCGCGGAUUAGUGUGGAACAAUUUCUUUUCAUUUCUCGUCUCCUUGGUUGCUUUGGUGUUUAAUUCACCAUGACACUCACUCCUAAAGAAUUGUCCUCACUUUUGAGUAUCCUCGCUGAAGAUUCCCUUGCUGCAUCUUCCUUUGAAGCGAUUGCUUCCUCCUUACACCAGAGAUUUAACAAAAAUGAACAUUUCCAAAUUGGGAGUGCAAUGCUUAUGCUCUUACAACAACCUGACUUACUGCCAUUAAACAUCCAAAGAAUUGUAGUCCUGUUUUUGUUGUACGAAAUGUAUAAAGUGGAGCCCAUAGCUAAUAACCCUUUUGCGUCUGUGUUUGUCCAUGUUCUGAGUUCAAAUGAUGAAAACAAGAUCAGUGGUCUUGAAUCACUACCAGCACUGGGUUCAGCUGAGAAAUCUUUCUUGUAUCUUCUCAUCACCACUCCAUCAAGAGAUCUUCUAAAGAAAAAUCCCCGUCAAGUUUUAGCAUUCGACUUUCCUGGGGGAGGGCAGAACAUUGAUCUUAGUUCCCUGCAGUUGGCUCUGACAGAGAAAAAUUCUCAGUUGCCUGACUUGAGCUGCUGUGGACUGCCAGCAGUACUGGCUGAUGCUGACCCAGAUGUCAGUUCAGGGUUUGAUUCUACAGCAGCUUCACAAAUCACUGAGACUCUUGUCACAGGGCUGAAUCCACCAUCUGAGUUAAAUCUGAGACCAGUGUUUGCCAGAAUACCACCUCCACUGUACUCCUGUGAUGACGAGCUUGUAUGGAUGAACCCUACUGGAGAAGUGCAUACUGUUGAGUGGGACAGUACCAUGUGUGUAACAAACAGCGCUGGUGCCGAAGUUCGUCGUUUGAUGAACAAAGCUUUCAAGGCUCCUCUGGUCAUGCAACAACAACAGCAAGUCCUAAGUGAACUCGAAAAAGAUCCGAAGCUCGUAUAUCACGUGGGGCUUACUCCAAAUAAGCUUCCUGAUCUUGUGGAGAAUAAUCCACUGAUUGCCAUUGAAGUCCUACUGAAGUUAAUGCAGUCCAAUCAAAUAACAGAGUAUUUCUCCGUGUUGGUGAACAUGGAGAUGUCUCUGCAUUCAAUGGAGGUCGUCAACAGACUAACAACGGCCGUGGAUCUUCCUCAAGAGUUUGUUCAUCUUUACAUCUCGAACUGUAUUUCCACCUGUGAAAAUAUUAAAGAUAAAUAUAUGCAGAAUAGACUUGUCAGACUGGUUUGUGUUUUUCUUCAGUCUCUGAUUCGUAACAAGAUUAUAGACGUAAAGGACCUUUUCAUCGAAGUUCAAGCGUUCUGUAUUGAGUUCAGUCGCAUUAGAGAAGCAGCAGGAUUGUUUCGACUUCUCAGAACCUUGGACUGUGGUGAAACAAGUCCCGCCGCCACAAAGUAAACGGAAUGAAGUCUUGAUAUCCUACACCACUUGGAAGCGGCUGAUUAGCCGAUGGGCUUUAAAAAGAACUUACUGACUUUUUGGAACGUUUUCCCUUCUACUUCCGCCAGACAAUUCUGAGUUAACCCUUUCACUCCCAUGAGUGACCCUAAAAGAAUUUUCCUUACAAUAUCAAUACGAUAUCAAGCAGACAAGUGAUAAGAAUAAAGAAAAAUAUCAAUUGGGGGAUUGGUUGAGCCAAUACUAAAUUCUCAGAACUUUCAUCGUGAAAAUCGUAUGGCGGAUAGUAAGGAGAAUUACUAAUGAGAUCUUGAGAGUGAAUGGGUCAAGGCAUGAGCAAACGGCAAUAAUGAUUAUCAUUUUACCCACUCUUCCUGUAAUCUUUGAUUCAACCGAGAAGAAAAAUAGAAGCUAAUCUCGUUAGUGCCGACGAA